AUGGGUGCUAUUUUUUGUCUAACUCCCCAGGUGCUGGCACUGAGCAUUGUCCUUCUUGUAACUAAUCCUGCCAAGAUAGGAGCCUCAAAAAAGCUAACAAUACGAAACUUGGAAAAGUUUAACGAGGAUUCUGAUGAAUUGCACAGCCAUCUGCGGAUCGCCGAGGACGAGGAGAAUUGGUUGAAGGUCAGCGGUCAACUGAAGACACAUGUGGAAAUAGACAACCACUGGAAGAUUUCUGUAAAAGUUUUGAAAGCCGCAUCGCCCGACGACGAUUUCCAAGAGGUUUUGAAACUGUCAAAACUGGGAGUUUGCGAUGCAAUGAAAACGUAUUACAAAGACUUCUUCUACGAGAGGAUAAAGAAGUAUUCCAAUGCCCCAAAACCCGAAGAUUGUCCUUUGCCUGAAAAAGAUUAUCAUCUAGACGACUUUCCUCUGGACGUAAAAAUCAUCAAAAAAUUAUUGACCCCGGGCUACUACCAAAUUAUAGCUAAACUUCGGAAGGGUGAUGACGUAAAGCUGGAAUACCGCGCCGAAUUGGAAAUGGAAUAAUGUUUAAAAAUCCUAUUAGGAUUUCAGCAUAUCUUGAAUUUAAAAAAAUAUAUA